AGCCACUAAUGUAGCUACAAUGUAGCUAACACCAGACUUUAGUUUAGCCUGUAAGACACGUUGGAAGGCUGAAACACCAAAUCUAUGCGCACCAAUCACAGCAGGCCACAGCUCUGUCAGCCAAUAGGAAGCCAGUAACGGUAUCACGUUGACUCUUGUUUCAUGACAACCCAGGAAGAUCAAGUUUGUGUGUUAAAUGCCAGUUUCGUCGUGUUAGCACAUUGCCAGUGCUACUAAAACGACUUUAUGAAUGAAUCUGAAUAUGGGAUAGUAUUGUCAGUUCACUGAAUUCAGUUUAUAUCAAGUUUUAACGGCAUGUUUCUGCUGCCAUUGCUGGAGCAAGUGACCAGCUCCGUGUCACAUGUAAACAUUGUAGCUUUGAUAGUAUUCUUGCUGGUGUAUUAUUUAGUUCGUUUUUAUCAGAAACAACGGCACUUCGCAAAUAUCCCUCCAGGUCCCAAACCAUGGCCUGUUGUCGGCAACUUCGGCGGUUUUAUCAUCCCUUCUUUCAUCCAGAGGCGGCUAGGACAGCGCUCCGAGAGCGCCGACGUUAUGAAAAACGCUUUAGUUAUUUUAACGGAGCAAGCCAACAUUUAUGGUAACGUGUACAGCCUUUUUGUAGGGAGCCAGUUGAUCGUUGUGCUUAAUGGUUAUGAAGUGGUCAAGGAUGCUCUCUCCAACCAUCCCGAGGUGUUCUCCGACAGGCCAGAUAUCCCUGCUGUCACUAUCAUGACUAAACGCAAAGGAAUCGUCUUCGCACCUUAUGGGCCCAUAUGGAAAAAGCAACGCAAGUUCUGCCACACCAUACUCCGAAAUUUUGGCCUGGGGAAGUUGAGCUUUGAGCCAUGCAUCCUGCAAGGCCUGGCCACCAUCAAAACAGAGCUGCUCCGACAGAAUGAGACGUCCGGUGGUGCCGGUGUGAACCUGGCCCCGCUGAUCAGCAACGCUGUGUCAAACGUCAUCUGCUCAAUGAUCCUGGGUCAACGCUUCCAUCAUGAAGAUCGCGAGUUCCGCACAUUGCUGGACCUGAUGGAGCGUGGACUGGAGAUCUGUGUGAACAGCCCUGCAGUACUCAUCAACAUCUUUCCACUGCUCUACUAUUUGCCUUUUGGGGUCUUCAAGGAGUUGAGGCAGGUGGAAGGAGACAUCACAUCGUUUCUGAAGAGGAUUAUUGCAAAACAUCAGGAAACAUUAGAUCCUGAAAACCCAAGGGAUCUUGUAGACAUGUACUUGAUGGAGAUGUUGGCCCAGCAAGCUGCUGGAGAGAAGGACAGCAGCUUCACAGACGAUUAUCUCUUUUAUAUAGUAGGAGAUCUCUUCAUCGCCGGCACCGACACUACCACAAAUUCAAUUUUGUGGAUUCUGCUCUACAUGGUGUUAUACCCUGAUAUCCAAGACAUGGUCCAGGCAGAGAUUGAUGAGGUGGUGGGAAGACACCGGGGCCCAUCUAUGACCGAUAAGGGAAGUUUGCCCUUUACUGAAGCCACCAUCAUGGAGGUGCAGAGAUUAACUGUGGUGGUUCCUCUGGGUAUUCCACAUAUGGCCUCCAAGACAACAGUGUUCAGAGGCCACACUAUUCCCAAAGGAACUGUUAUCUUGCCCAAUCUGUGGUCUGUCCAUAGAGAUCCCACUCUAUGGGAAGACCCGGACGGUUUCAACCCAGCACGCUUCUUGGAUGAUGAUGGAAAGUUGCUCAGGAAGGAGUGCUUUAUACCAUUUGGCAUUGGUCGCAGGGUGUGUAUGGGUGAACAGCUGGCGAAGAUGGAGCUGUUCCUGACGGUUACUAGCUUAUUGCAGGCCUUCAAAUUCAGACUCCCAGAGGGAAUGCCUCCUCCUCCUCUGCACGGACGCUUUGGCCUGACGCUGUCCCCCUGCCCAUACACUGUGUGUGUGAGCACUCGCAGUUGAAACACUGGAGAACUUGGUUUGAACAGAUUUUCUAUAAACAGGGUGCUCUUAUGCAAGGAGGAAAAAUGCUGGUAAAAGUCUCGUGGAAAGACAAUUCCAGGAAAGAUAUGUUUUUUGAAUAGAGUCUGGCUCCUCUGUAUAUGUAAUUAUUUUUUAUUAUUUAUUAAUUUCCAAUUAUUAUCCAUAAUAUUUCAUUUUCAAGUACACAUCAGAAAUGACCACGAUCCAAUGUGAGUAUUACAAUUACAAUGAUAUGAUCCAGAUUUGCUGCAGAUUCUCUCGAUUAAGAAUCAGGAAACAGCAAAUGUUUUGUAUAUUUACAUGACUAUCGAGUAGUAAUUCUGAUGAAUUAGCGUAACUUUGUUUGUUAUGUAAUUAAUUGAUUAAUAAGGCCAGUAUUAUGUGUUAGAUGUCUUGGAUUUUAAAUGAUACCUGCUGAAUAUCUGUAUAGAAAUUUUAUCAUUUCAUUGUUUUAAGGUGCAUUCCACACAUUUAUAGAAAUCACCACAAAUCUGUCCAUGUACAUGUCCAUGAGAGAUUUCUUUUGUCCUAGAGAUUAAAGCUAUA